AUGGCUUUAGCACAAUCAAACCAGCUUGGUCUUGCAGCUCUCACAAUUGGAAUAGUAUUCCUGACAAUUUUUUGGUUCAAAUGGACAAAAAAUAUCUCAUACAAAGAAGGUCCCAAGUUGCCACCGGGGCCUCGUGGCCUUUCAAUUGUGGGAUUUUUACCAUUCCUCCGCUCCAAUUUGCACCAUCAACUUACUGAAUUGUCACAGAAGUAUGGUCCAAUUUACAAGUUUUGGCUAGGAAGCAAACUAUGCAUUGUGUUGAAUUCGCCAUCCUUAGCCAAAGAAGUGGUUCGUGAUCAAGACUCAGUUUUUGCCAACCGUGACCCUCCAAUAGCAGGAUUGGCAGCCACAUAUGGUGGAGUAGACAUCGGAUUUUCUCCCUAUGGCUCCUAUUGGCGUGAUAUGCGCAAACUGUUUGUGAGUGAGAUGCUAAGCAACAGGAACCUUGAGGCUUCUUAUGGUUUACGUACACACGAGGUCAGAAAAACAAUCAGAAACGUGCAUACCAAGAUUGGAAACCCCAUUGACAUUGGUGAAUUGGCUUUUGUAACUCAAAUGAAUGUAAUCAUGAGUAUGAUCUUCGGCAGCAAAUUUGUAGAGGAAAAGGAGAAGCAUGGAAAAGAUGGAUCAGCUGAGUUUAAGGAAGUGGUGGUGAAAGUUUUUCAAGUGUUGGGAAAGCCAAACAUAUCAGACUUCUUCCCUAUGCUUGCCAGGUUUGACUUACAAGGAAUACAGAAAGAGAUGAAGGCUCUUUCCAAGUCGGUUGAAAGUAUAUUAGACCCUGCCAUAAACGAACGCAUGAAGAUGCUCUCGGACAAAAAAGAGGGUGAAAUCCAGGGGAAUGGGAAAAAGGAUUUUGUGCAGAUCUUAAUAGAGCUAAUGGAGCAGAAAGACAUUGGGAUAUCACUGGAUUUGGUGAAAAUAAAGGCUAUGUUGGUGGAUAUUGUGAUUGGUGGAACUGACACUGUAAUCACAACAGUCGAAUGGGUAAUGGCGGAGCUUCUUAAUAACCCGGAGAUAAUGGCAAAGGUUCAACAAGAAUUGAAACAUGUCGUAGGAACGAACAACAUUGUUGAAGAAUCCCACUUGCCAAAACUACACUAUCUUGACGCAGUUUUAAAGGAGACGCUACGUCUGCACCCUGCAUUACCAUUACUUAUCCCUAAGCGCCCGAGCAAAUCUGCAAUAGUAGGUGGAUACACAAUACCUGAGGGAACAAAAGUAUUCUUGAAUGUUUAUGCAAUUCAGAGGGAUCCUCAAGUGUGGGAAAAUCCAUUGGAAUUUCAGCCUGAAAGGUUCUUGAAUCACUCUACAAAUUUAAACUAUUCUGGAAAUAAUUUCAAGUACCUUCCAUUUGGAUCAGGGAGGAGAAUAUGCGCUGGCCUUCCUUUAGCUGAGAAAAUGCUUAUGUUUGUAUUGGCUUCAUCGCUGCAUUCCUUUGAUUGGAAACUCCCAGAGCGCGAAAAAGUUGAUCUUUCAGAUGGAUUUGGACUUGUCAUUAAGAAAAGCAAGAGCUUAUUCGCCAUCCCUACGCCCAGGUUACCACAUUUAGAACUCUAUCAGUAA